UCUGUAGUCAUUGCGAGUGCUUCGAGGAGGGGAUAAAAGGGAGAGGAAAUAUGAAAGUUGAGCGCAGAUUAGAAUGAAAAUUGUCAAUCUCUUUUCUCAUUCAAUUUGUCACUAACGUGAAUAAUGCACGUAAAGUUUCUCUUUUUUACCAAUGCAGUUUUCGUAUUCGCGAACAAUGCCUUGUGGUCCAAUCAUCAUCAUCAAUUAUACGCGGAUAAUCCACAACAAAUAUUACAUAGUAAAAACAAUUCAAAGCAUAUAAUGAAAGGGAACAAUAAACUACACAAGUUAAGACGAGAUAAACCGGUAAUUGAUCAUCAUAUGAAGAAACAAGAAGAAGAAACUAUAUUACCUUGGAAUUUAUCCAAAGAAAGUGAUAGACUGCAUUUUCAUAUACAGGGUCAUGAAGGACCACAAACUUACAUUUUUGGAUUCGAUACUGGAUACGGAAAAAGUAGACAGUAUAGGCUGGAAGAAAGACAUCGGGAUGGUACAAUAAAAGGACAAUAUGGUUAUUACGAUGCAAGGGGUAAAUUAAGAACGAUUCGAUACAUUGCUAAACCCUUUGGGGGGUAUACGGAAAUACACCAUGAAAGUAAUAUAAGAAAGCUAAUAAGUUAAAAGGAAAAUCGAACUUAAUCAAAUGAAAACAGAUACUACACUUUUCAUGCAAUCUUUGAAUUUCUAAUCACAGGAUUCAGAAAUUAUGUACUUUUAAAAAAGAAAAACUGGGUUAAAAUAUUUAUUUAACAGUAACAACAUCUAUAUACGAAAAUAAAAAUAUUGAUACAAAUUGGUGUAACUAGGAUUUUUUUCUGAGGCGGGUCAAAUCCCUUAGUUCGUCAGCUUUAUUAACAAACUCAGAAUUUUAUGAUCUUAGAAUCUCUGAACCUUAUACAAGUGAAGGUCCCAGUCCACAUUUUUGAGAGGCCAGACCCAUCCCUGCCUAGUUUCACCAAUGACACUAAGUAAAUAGUAAAUACAUUGGUAAUAACAAAACUGUAAAGAAAGACCUAUUCCACAUAAUAUGUACACAUAAUAUUAUACUUAAAAUACAACCACCUCCAAAGCUACUUGAAUAAAAA